AUGCCUACCAACGACAGUUUUCCGCAGACCGGCAUCGUCGCUGUUGAAGAUGACCAGUCUACCGACAAUAUGGGGGUUUUGGCACACUCGAUACUAGAUGACAUCGUUUACAACAUAAUCCAUGAUAUAGUUCUGAAAACACAUCGGGAGGAGAAGAUGGCCAAAGGCACGUCCGCUGCCAUCCUAGUCGAACAGAAAGCUACACAAACAGCGCCCCCCUCGGACGAUUCGAACUCGGCCUCUGAUCACCCACCACACAAGGUUGAGAUAGACUCCGCAAUAUACGAAGAUGGCAAAGUAUAUCUGAAAGGCAACCCGCUGAAGAUGGCCACGGAGGUCAUCUGUCCAAAAUGCCACCUCCCUCGCCUGCUAUAUCCAACAGACGGCAGUGGUGCCCGAAAGCCAGAUCCGGGCAGGGAAUAUUGCAAGAAACGCCCCUUUAUAGAGAAACCAUACCACGAUAUAUACGGACAGACAUUCCAGAUGGAAGGACCGGGUCGUGGCAAGAAGAAGAAAGACAUGAUCAAUCCGCUCCUACAAUCAGCCAAAGAAAACACCCCCUCAGGAAGUCAGGAUUCCCCAGCGUCAUCACCACCUCCAGGCGAGGGACCAGCAAAGCCUAUCUCGUUUCCGCACGCCAAAUGCCAUAAUUGUAAUACAUUCCUUCCUAUUAAACGGAUGAACAACCAUAUGAUCAAGUGUAUUGGCGGGGGCGGUCGGGACUCGUCUCGAGCUGCCCUGCUAAAGAUCCAGAAUGGCAAUGGAAACGGAAGCCAAAACGGCAACACCCCCCCAGGAAGCCGAAAUUCUACACCAGCACCAGCUGGCCACGCCAAUCCCAAAGGGAAGAGUAGCCCCAACAAGAGAGAAGCAGGGGACGAUUUCGAUUCCGAUUCCUCGCCACAGAAAAAGAAGAAGGUCAUUAAGAAAACCGCAGCCACCAAACUCAAAGCCCCUAAGAUGGCACGAUCGACGUCUCAGCUCUCGAGCUCGAACUUAAGUUUCGAGCAAAAAGUCCCAGCCACUGAUGAUGAGGACGAUGAUGGCGGCGGCGACGACGAUGGGGAUGGCGAGUACGGAACCGUAAUAGUGGAACCGAAGAAGAAAGUUAUCAGGCCUGUUGUUAAGAAGUCCAAGGAGAGUGGUAGCCUUGCUGGUGCAGAAAGGAAAAAGAAAUGGCUCCACGGAAAAGGGGGUGUAAAGCCUAGCUUUCCGCCUGCUGAUCUCGCAGAUGCGUCCUCUAGUACGGCCGGAAGCACGAGUGGGAUAAAGAUAAAAAUUAAGAAUAAUGGUACAGCAGCGAAUGGAGAAUCGAGGCCUGCAGGAUCGAAAACCGUACCAUCGAAGGGUGGCGAUGCAAAGAAUCUGGUUGUGAACGGUGAAACGAAGGCUCAAGGAGCUGGAGGCACAAGUAAUGGGAAGCCCACCACUGGUGUUAUACGUGCCGAUUCGGAAUCGAGCCAGACUUUAAGCUCGCCAAGCUAA